CUGUUAAUCUUCCACUGUGGUUACGGCUGAGAUUGAACUCCAUUUUCCUUUUAUCGAUUUUGGUGUAGCACGCGAGAAGAAAAGUGAAUUCUUCAAAGGCGGAAUUUAUUACAUAUCUAAUUAAAAAAUGGCAAACUUUCUAAAUCGAUUAAGUCAAUUCGGUUUAGGUCUGGCUAUGACUGGAGGCGUUGUACAAAGUGCUUUGUACAAUGUCGAUGGAGGCCAUAGAGCUGUUAUUUUCGACAGAUUUACCGGUAUAAAAAAUCAAAUUGUAGGAGAAGGAACACAUUUUUUCAUUCCAUGGGUGCAAAAACCAAUUGUAUUCGAUAUUAGAUCCAGGCCAAGAAAUGUUCCUGUGGUCACAGGAAGUAAAGAUCUGCAAAAUGUAAAUAUUACGCUUCGUAUUCUUUUUAGACCUAUACCAGAUUCUUUGCCAAAAAUCUAUACCAUUCUUGGUAUAGAUUAUGACGAAAGAGUACUACCAUCUAUUACGAACGAAGUGUUGAAAGCAGUAGUUGCUCAAUUCGAUGCAGGAGAAUUAAUUACACAGAGGGAAAUUGUCUCCCAGAAAGUUAGGGAAGAUUUAACGGACAGAGCUCAACAGUUUGGAUUAAUUUUAGACGACAUUUCCAUUACUCAUUUAACAUUUGGCAAAGAGUUUACACAGGCUGUAGAAAUGAAACAAGUAGCGCAACAAGAAGCGGAAAAAGCACGUUUCUUAGUAGAAAAAGCUGAACAGCACAAGAAGGCAGCUAUUAUUACCGCGGAAGGUGAUGCACAGGCUGCUAGUUUAAUAGCAAAAUCUCUUGGGGAAGCUGGAGAUGGUCUGGUAGAACUUAGAAGAAUCGAAGCCGCUGAAGAUAUAGCUCAUAAUCUGUCCAGAUCUCGUCAAGUAGCUUAUUUGCCACCAGGUCAAAACUUUUUGCUAAACUUACCACAAUAAAAUGAUAAACCAACAUACAAAUUGUAUUCAUAAGUUGUGCAUUUAUAUUAUAACGUAUGUAAUUUGAUGCUAUGUUGGUGUACAAGAAAUGAUGCUUUAGGAAUACUUCGAAUAUGUUGCAUACAAGGAAUAUAUAAAUUUUGCAAUAGUCAUAUUUCAGAUUGAUUUUUCCAUACGCGAAUAUAUUCUUGCACGGACAAUUGUACAAAAUUUUUUAACAAUUUAUUCGGUAUUUUAAAGAACAUAAUUUGAAAUUUGCUUUUCCUAUUUCGGUUAUUUGGCGAUGAACUGUAAUCGUCUGUUAUUAUUAAACAUUAUUUUGUUUGCUUAAUAGAAAAAAGAGAGCAUUUUCUUUGAAUGUUUUUAAUUCCGUCUUAGACUGUACUGUUUUUAACUGAAAUAUCUUAGCAUAAAAAUGGGUUGUCAUUACGGGAUUAAUUGUCAAUAAUUGGCUCCCUACCUUAACUCGAGCAUUCACAUAACAUAAAAAGCAUUUUUAUAGGCAUUUUAUAAACAUUAUUACAGCUUACGGUUCUAUUUACAUUGUGUACAGAUAGCGAUAACGGUAUGCGAAUAUUGAAUUCUUUUGUGAAUGUUCCGAAUGUUAUGUGAAGUGGCCGAACAAAUAUAGCAUCACGUACGCACUUAUACUUCAUAAAAAAUUCAGUUGUUACAAAAUUUACCGACCAGAACGAAACAAAUGUGUUUUUGUGAAGUAGUACAGAGUACAUAGUAUAUAUUUGUGAAUAGUUAUCAAUUAGUAAAUAUUCUUGUAAAAUGCA